GCCAUAGCCACCUUUAGUGUCCGGGCCGACAUCGGGACGAUCGUGUCUCUCCAAAGCACGACUUCAAGUCGACGUUCAACUGUCGACUUUGGCUCUAAAAUCGUCGAAAAUCCAAAUUAAAUUGCAUUCCUCCAGUCCGAGCACUUAAUCCCCCGGAUUAAAAUAAUCAAAUUGUCUCUACGAUGAUUUGACAGCAAUAACAGACUCAAACGAACGAAUAAUAAUACCAAAAACGAGUGAAAAGUGACACUUAAUUACCACUGACUAAUCCCGCUGAGGAAUAAAGAAAGGAAUUUUUAUAAUUUAUUCCCACACAAACGUAACGUAAAGCUCAACAGUUCGAUUCCUCGUCAUCCCAACAUUAAAACACGGCAUACUUGGCGUCGACUUUCACCUCCGUGUCGCUGAAGAAACGAUCAGCCAACUUCGGUUAUCGUAACCACAAAACAAUUUUCAUUCUGUUUAAAUUCUAUGAAAAAAACAAAUUCACGUUUCCAAAGUCUGUUAUUCCCCGAGUCUCAUUAGUUUACGUUGUGGUGAUUGUCUGAAUGAAAGUGAAAAGAGGACGAAGAAGUUGAUGAGGAAUACCGACUCUUUUUAAAUUAAUGAUUUAUUAACAUAAGGACAGUGACCAAUUCAAUCCAAAGAUGAGGGUUAAUCGGGGAAUUUGCGCUAAACUUCAAGGGGGAUUUCUCAGACGAUGGUGGGCCGCAGUGGCAGCCGGAGCUCUCCUAAUAGUAGCCGCAGCCCUGGUAGCAACGCUCUUUCCAAAAAUAAUGGAGGCGAUAAUAAAUCGUGAAGUAGUUCUGAAAGACGGUGGCAGAUCGUACCGUUGGUGGCAGGCACCCCCAGCUGUUCCCCACCUGAGAGUCUUUAUUUACAAUGUCACGAAUGCCGAUGAGUUCCUCAACGACGGCGACAAGCCCAUUCUUCAGGAGCUCGGACCCUACGUGUACAUCCAGAAGUGGGACAAAACUGAUCUCGUAUUCAAUGAUAAUGGCACGGUCACUUAUCACUUGAGGAAACGAUACACAUUCUCGGAGGAAUUAUCAAGUGGAUCCGAAGAUGACCUCGUAGUGGUCCCGAACGUCCCCAUGCUAUCAGCAACGAGUCAAUCCCGUCACGCAGCUCGUUUCCUGCGUCUCGCGAUGGCAUCGAUAAUGGACAUUCUGAAGAUAAAGCCCUUCGUCGAGGUAUCCAUCGGCCAACUACUCUGGGGCUACGAGGAUCCUCUCCUCAAGCUCGCCAAGGACGUUGUCCCGAAGGAGCAGAAAUUGCCGUACGACCAGUUUGGCCUCCUCUACGGCAAGAACGGCACUCAUCCCGAUGUUUACACUAUCUUCACUGGUGCCAGUAACAUCACUAAAUACGGAAUGGUAGAUCGAUUCAAUGGAAAAAAUAGUAUUGGACAUUGGACAACUCCCGAGUGCGACACACUCCUUGGUGGUGACGGUAGCAUAUUCCCACCACAUAUCACUAAGCAGACUGUACUCAAGAUCUUCGACAAGGACCUCUGCAGAACUCUGCCACUUGUUUUCAAGGAAGAAGUAAUAACGAAAGGGGACGUCCCCGGCUACAGGUUCACUCCGCCGAAAGAUGUAUUCACGUCGCCGGAGCGGAAGCCCUCUCAAGCCUGCUACUGUCCCGGAGGUCCACCCUGCGCUCCCGAGGGAACCUUCAACGUCUCCCUCUGCCAGUACGACUCACCCGUCCUGAUUAGUUUUCCCCACUUUUACUUGGCUGACCCGGCGUUACGAGACGCCGUAAUCGGUAUAUCGCCACCAGAGGAAGAGAAGCACGCGCUGUACAUCGACAUACAGCCUUUGAUGGGCACAGCCCUGAGAGCGCGAGCCCGAGUGCAAAUCAAUCUCGCUGUGAGCCAAGUCAGGGACAUCAAGCAAGUUGCCUCCUUCCCAGACAUCAUUUUCCCCAUUAUGUGGUUCGAGGACGCCGUUGAUGGACUAGCAACGGAAGUGACGUCCCUGAUGAAGAUCGCAGUGGACGUUCCGCCAAUAGCGCGAGCAGCAAUCUCAGGUGUCCUAGCAGCUGUCGGUGCAAUAGUCCUCGUAGGUGCUCUCUUCUGUCUAGCAAGAGCAGCAAAACGUCAAGAAAAGCUCCACCUCAGCAGUCCCCUGCCCCCAGGUGCCAGCACAAAACAAGGAAACCUCAAUCCCGCCUUCCAGGGUCCAAAAUAAAUUCCCAAAUCAACGAAACCAACUGAUUAAUAAAGUCAAUGCAAAACAAUAUGACAAGCAUUCCGCACUACGAAAAAGAGGAAAUUGUGAAUAAUACGUAGCACUGGAAUUAUCACGCAAUUGUUUGCGAAAUAAUUUUCGUGCAAUUAUCGUGGGAAAGGUGAGCGGUUGCGGGAUGUACCACAACAACGAGAAAUAAAGUGAAAGCUGAAGAGUGGGAAGUUACGAACAAGUAAUUCCCUCACUUCAAAUCCUUUACUCCUCGUUAUUUCGUAUCUUUCCUCCAACGAUUCUACUGGCUGAACGCACAUGGCGAGAUCAUUAGUCGUAGUGGGUCGAGGUCGAGAGAUAAAUCAAAUCUCCAAGUAGGAAAUACAAUUCUUACUGUUUUUAUUUUCCUUCAAUUAUUCGUGACGCCGAUCGCGCCAAUGUGCCCUUUACUAUCCUAGGAAAUUCCAAAAUGACUCUCAUAUCCCUGGUAAUAUUUUUAUAAUUUAUUUUUUAAACAAUUUCAAUGAACUAUGACGCAAUUGAAUAUUCCCAGUAAUUUCGAUUGCCUUACGAACCUCCGAAAUUUUACAUUCGAUUCUUUGCUUUUUUUCGCAUUUACAAUUUGCAAAUCGAAAAAAAUCCAAAUUGACUUAUCGAAAGGUUCUUUAAACACUGAUUAGAACGUCUUGUCUCAUAAUUCUUCGAAGUGAAUGGGGAAUUCCAAAUCACGAAAACACGAGGGAAAAAAUUAAACGUUGUUUAGUCUAGAGAUAAUCUUCAAUUUGUUGAUCGAGAAAUCGGGGGGAAAAAUGUUUACGUAGGGGAAUUAUUGCGCAAAGUCUUCUGGAAAUUAGUAAUAAUGACGCUCAAGAUAGGCAAGGACGAUUAGUUAACAUCGCGGGUCUCGUAAGCGCCAAGUAUUCUGAAAAACCUCAAAUAGAGUAUUUUACAAAUUGCAGCAGAUUGAUGAGUUGAUCGUGUGUGUUAUCGUGCAUCAACCACUUGUGUGAGAGUUACGAGAUUUUCAAUCCGUCCAGUGGGAGGGGAGAGCAUGGGUGUGAGUCUGAAAUUAUUGUUAUUAAGUAUUUCAACAACUGGACAAUUAUUCAAUUAAAUUGAACAUUUCGACUCAGCCCACAAUUAAGCUCCAAUCGAUGUAAUUAUGUCUCAUUUGUACUAUUAUAUGUUAUUUUCCUUGUAUAUGUUUUAUUAUAAAAUAUUUUUAGGAUCAUUAGACUAUAGGUGAACAUUGUUAGGUGAUGAUGAGGAAACAAGAAUUUUGUACAAAUAAAAUGGAAAGACCA